AUGAAUGGCUCAGACGAAGUUGGCGAUGAGCCGAAAAAGCGUGUGGAUGCAAACGCACCGACUGAUCGAACAAUCGACGACGAACUUGAGGAUCCAUUCGAAGAUCCAGCUCUUGUAACUCAUGCAUUCCUCGAUAUAAUGUGGCAGGAUUCGCACGGAAAUUCUGCGUUGAUGCUUGCUGCGAAAGAAAAUCGUAAUCUACACGUGAAAGGGAUUCUCAAAAUGGCUCUAAAAAGAGGAAAUCUUUGGCAGAUGCUUGAUAUGAGAAACGAGGAUGGUCUGACCGCUUUGGAAAUAGCUGUACGUGCUGGAAGUGAUAGUUGUGCAAUGCUUAUUACGAGAUUUGCAAAAGAAGCACAAAAAACGAGGGCGAGUCGCCGUCCAUUCCUGUUAAAUGCGCAUCCAAGGAGACUCUCCAGAGAUAAACUCAUGAAUAAUCUUAAACGUACACCACCAUCGGCAGUUGUUCUAAAUAUGAAAAGAACCUGGCCCCCACAAAACACGAUAAAGCAGCGGACAAUGUCUGGAAAUUCGCUGUCCUCGGCCUCAACGUCACCGCCAUCCUCAAGUCUACCUCAUACCGAAAAUAACAAAGUGAUCUCUGUCGGAGAAAAGCUGAGGUCGAUUUUUUCAAGCAAGAAGCAAACAGAACCGACACCUUCAGCAAUACGAGGACCACCCGAGUACAAGGAUAAUGGCGAGGAAAGACGUCUUCAUGAGGAAAAUUCGUAUCUAACUAGUACAGUUGAGCGGAAUAUCUCCGGUCAAGAAGACCUUCACCGAGGUCUCACCUUCAUCGACUUAAAGAAGGCCUUCGACUCAGUUGAGACAGAGGCGGUCGUGGAAGCCUUGGACAACCAAUGGCUCCCUACUCAGCACAUAAAGGACGACAAGGGAGUGAAGGUUGAUGGCCGGCAGCUACACCAUUUGCACUUUGCUGAUGACAUCGUACUGAUAACAUCCAGCAUCAACCAAGCGGAACGAAUGCUGACCGAAUUCGACGAAACAUGUGGAUGCAUUGGUCUUCAGCUGAAUCUGCAAAAGACGAUGUUCAUGUGCAACAGAUGGGUCUCGGAUGCCCCAUUCACGCUCAACGGAACGAAAAUAUCCGAAUGCAGCAGCUACGUUUAUCUGGGUCGGGAACUGAACAUGAUGAACGACCUGACCCCCGAGCUGGGCAGGAGGAAAAGAGCGGAUUGGGGAGCGUACAAGAGCAUCGAGGAUGUAGUGAAGAAGACCAGGAACACCCGGCUCCGUGCUCACCUCUUCAACACCACCGUACUUCCUGCUUUGACCUAUGCUUCGGAAACCUGGGCAUUUCGCAAGCAGGAAGAAAACGCGGUGAGCGUCAUUGAACGCGCAAUUGAGGGAGUAGUGCUAGGAGUAUCCCGUUUCACGCAAGUGAGGGACGGGAUUCGAAGUUCUCUCCUACGUCAACGAUCGAAGAUUAGAGAUGCCGCCGCGUUUGCCAAAGAAAGUAAAAUAUGGUGGGCCGGACACGUGAUGCGCUUUAAUGACAACCGUUGGACCAGAGCCGUGAGCGAGUGGGUCCCCCGCGAUAUUAAGCGCACUACAGGAAGACCGCCGACCCGAUGGUCAGAUUUCUUCACGAAGUCCUUCAAAGAAAAUUAUGAUGCUCUUCGUGUCCCACGCGAAAGGAGGAACCACUGA